ACACGCUGAACAGCUUUUGCCGAGGUCUAAAUAAAAACCUUUUUUAACGUUUACCCCCCAAAUCUAUGCAAAACCCUCUUCUUUGCCCGCUUCCCUGAAUCCUGUAUUACUCUUUUUAAUUACAAAAAUCAACUGAAGAAAAUUCAAAAACUUCCAAUACAACCGAAGAUCGGGAAGUACAUCCAUCGAUAAACCAACGUAGGAGUCAAGAGUCAAGACGCCUAUGAUUGUUGUAUGCUUGUGGAGGAAAGAUGGUGAAAUUGACAAUGGUUGCUCGUGUGACUGAUGGUCUUCCUUUAGCUGAGGGGCUGGAUGAUGGUCGUGAUGUUCCAGAUGCAGAUUUCUAUAAGCAGCAAGCCAAGUCCUUGUUCAAGAACCUCUCUAUGGGCCAGAUUGACGCAUCAAGGAUGUCUGUGGAAACUGGGCCUUAUAUUUUCCAUUAUAUCAUUGAAGGCCGUGUUUGUUAUUUGACAAUGUGUGAUCGCUCUUAUCCCAAGAAACUUACCUUUCAAUACCUGGAAGAUCUUAAGAAUGAGUUUGAGCGUGUCAAUGGGAGUCAAAUUGAAACUGCUGCUAGGCCCUAUGCUUUUAUUAAAUUUGAUACAUUUAUACAGAGGACAAAGAAACUGUACCAGGACACCAGAACUCAGCGCAAUAUUACAAAGUUGAAUGAUGAACUUUACGAAGUUCAUCAGAUAAUGACUCGAAAUGUACAAGAUGUUUUAGGUGUUGGUGAAAAGUUGGAUCAAGUCAGUCAGAUGUCCAGUCGCUUGACAUCAGAAUCCCGCAUAUAUGCUGAUAAAGCAAGAGAUUUAAAUCGCCAGGCUCUGAUUCGGAAAUGGGCUCCUGUCGCUAUUGUCAUUGGAGUUGUCAUUCUCCUCUUCUGGGCGAAAAAUAAGAUUUGGUGAUUCUGCCAUCCCACAUGCAGUUUAGAGAAGUGUUAUUACUCUUGAUUACUUCCUGAUUUUCCAGCAUCAAACUGUGUGGCAACAGAUAGACCACUUAACAUUUCAAAAGGUGGCUGCCGUGUUGUCUGCGCAAUGAAGAGAUUGGUUUUUUGCGGAUGUGACACCCAAGUCCCAAGCUAUGAGUUUGAUAAUGUAAAACAGAGAUAGACCUUGAUGAACAAUUUUGGUAUACUUUGAAAAAUGAUACUAAUCUCAGGUCUUCUCAGCAUAUUUUGCAUAUUAUUACAUAACUUUAAAACUUGAAGUUGCAACAUUUUCUUGUAUCUGAGGGGAUUGGUUGCAACAUUGUUAUAUAGAAAUACAGUAUAAAAAUUGCAGCGUC